UCCACACACUGCGAAUUAAUUCACAGAUCCAAACGAACUGAGUUGCUGAAUCACCCAUAGCGAGUCAGUCAGACUGAUCACAGUCAUCGUAUUCAGAAGAAGAGAGGGAAAUCAUGAGAGAGAAAAUGGAGGAGUACUUGCGGAGGAACUUCGACGUCGAACCUAAACGCCCGUCCGAGGAAGCCCUGAAGCGGUGGAGAUCCGCCGUCUCCGUCAUCAAGAACCCCACCCGAAGGUUCCGCAUGGUCGCUGAUCUCGCCAAGCGCGCUGAGGACAAGCGGAAGCGCAAGAACCUCCAGGAGAAGAUACGUGUUGCUAUAUACGUACAAAAAGCAGCAUUGCAAUUCAUUGAUGCUGGCAAUCGCUAGGAUUGUAAUCUUCCCAAAGAAGUUAAAGAUGCUGGUUUUGGCAUUGAUCCUGAGGAAAUUGCAUCCUUUGCUCGAUCUCACGAUACCAAAGGGUUGGAAAGACAUGGAGGAGUACCAGGAUUAGCAGGAGAGGUUUCUGUAUCGCUGGAAGAUGGUGUUGUUUCAAGCAAGAUACCUAUUAGGCAGGAUAUAUAUGGCUUCAACCGACAUGCAGAGAAACCUUCUAAAGGUUUUGGGAUGUUUCUCUGGGAAGCCUUACAAGAUUUAACUCUAGUCAUCCUCAUGGUUGCUGCUGCGGUCUCUAUAGGUGUUGGAAUCACAACUGAAGGAAUGCCGAAAGGUAUAUAUGAUGGCUUGGGAAUAAUACUUAGCAUAUUGCUAGUAGUGUUGGUGACUGCAAUCAGUGACUACAAGCAGUCGUUGAAAUUUAAAGAACUGGACAGUGAGAAAAACAUAAUUGUUCAGGUGACUAGAGACGGACGCAGACAGAAGGUCUCUAUCUACGAUUUGGUGGUUGGAGACAUUGUUCAUCUUUCCAUCGGCGAUCAAGUUCCAGCUGAUGGUAUUUUCAUAUCAGGCCACAGCUUACAAGUCGACGAAUCAAGCUUGUCAGGUGAGAGUGAGCCAGCGGACAUAAAUCAAGAGAGACCCUUUCUUCUUGCAGGAACCAAAGUGCAAGAUGGUUCUGGGAAAAUGUUGGUGACAUCAGUUGGUAUGAGGACUGAAUGGGGACGACUAAUGGUUGCUCUGAGUGAAGGGGGAAACAAUGAGACACCACUGCAGGUAAAACUUAAUGGAGUUGCAACCAUUAUAGGAAAAAUCGGUUUGACUUUCGCGGUGCUAACAUUUAUAGUUCUGACUUCAAGGUUUUUAAUAAACAAGGCGGUUCACCGUCACAUGACAGACUGGUCUUCCAAAGAUGCAUUAAAGCUUUUGAAUUACUUCUCGACUGCCGUCAUUAUAAUUGUUGUUGCAGUUCCGGAAGGGCUACCUCUGGCAGUGACGCUAAGUCUCGCCUUUGCAAUGAAAAAACUCAUGUUUGAUAAAGCACUCGUGAGACAUCUCUCUGCAUGUGAGACAAUGGGUUCUGCUACUUGUAUUUGCACAGAUAAAACUGGAACUUUGACAACAAAUCAUAUGGUUGUGAACAAGAUAUGGAUCUGUAAUGAAACCGAGACUAUAACGAGUAAUGAUAACAAUGACGUGUUGAAGUCGGCUUCUGAAGGAGUACAUGACCUCCUUUUACAGUCCAUCUUUCUGAAUACAAGCACGGAGGUAGUCAAGGGGGAAGAUGGGAAGAAUAGCAUUAUGGGGACUCCAACAGAGACGGCGGUAAUUGAAUUUGGAAUGCUUCUGGGAGGUGAUUUUAAAUCUUACAGUGAGGAUUAUAAGAUACUGAUGGUUGAACCAUUCAAUUCAGUCAGAAAAAAGAUGUCGGUACUAGUGGCUCUGCCUGAUGGAGGAAAGAAACGAGCAUUCUGCAAAGGAGCAUCAGAAAUUAUCUUAAAAAUGUGCGAUAAUAUUGUUGCCACUCAUGGUGAAGCUGUGCCUCUAUCGGACGAGCAAAGAACAAAUAUCUCAGAUGUCAUAAAUGGUUUUGCUUGUGAAGCUUUAAGAACUCUAUGCUUAGCUUUCAAGAAUGUAUAUGACUCCUCUAGUGAAGACAGUAUUCCUGACGAUAAAUAUACGUUAAUCGCUGUUGUUGGAAUCAAGGAUCCUGUGCGUCCUGGAGUGAGGGAAGCCGUGAAGACUUGUUUAGAUGCUGGGAUUACGGUAAGGAUGAUCACUGGCGAUCAUAUUAAUACGGCUAAAGCCAUAGCUAAAGAGUGUGGCAUUUUGACAGAAGAUGGUUUGGCUAUAGAAGGGCCAGAUUUCCAAAAUAAGAGCUCGCAGGAGAUGGCAGAAAUAAUUCCGAAACUGCAGGUAAUGGCUCGAUCGUUGCCUUUGGACAAGCACACCUUGGUGAAACAGUUGAGGAAUGAGCUUAGAGAAGUUGUGGCAGUAACUGGUGAUGGGGCGAAUGACGCUCCUGCACUGCACGAGGCAGACAUCGGACUUGCUAUGGGUAUUGCAGGAACGGAGGUUGCGAAAGAAAGUGCUGAUGUUAUAAUAAUGGAUGACAACUUCACAAGCAUAGUGAAUGUUGCAAGAUGGGGUCGGGCGGUUUAUGUCAACAUUCAAAAGUUUGUACAGUUCCAGCUAACAGUUAACAUCGUCGCUCUGAUACUCAGUUUCAUUUCAGCAUGCGUCUCAGGAACCGCUCCUCUCACGGCUGUGCAGAUGCUUUGGGUGAACUUGAUCAUGGACACUCUUGGUGCUUUGGCGCUGGCUACAGAGCCACCAAACGAGGGUCUAAUGAAAAGGCCACCGGUUGGAAGGAACAUCAAGUUCAUCACCGGGAUCAUGUGGAGGAACAUUAUUGGCCAGAGUUUCUACCAGAUUGCUGUCCUUUUGGCUCUCAAGUUUUGUGGAAUCCGGCUUUUGAAGCUCACCGGUUCAGAUGCAAAUUCCGUUCUCAAUACCGUUAUCUUCAACUCUUUUGUGUUCUGCCAGGUAUUCAACGAGAUAAACAGCCGUGAUAUGGAGAAGAUCAAUGUGUUCAGUGGCAUGUUCAGCAGUUACACCUUCAUGAUGGUGAUGAUCUCCACCGUUGUUUUCCAGAUCAUCAUAGUUGAAUUCUUGGGCAAGUUUGCACAAACUGUGCCACUGAGUUGGGAGUUGUGGUUAACAAGCGUCCUGAUCGGCGCUGUAAGUUUGCUCGUCGCUGUCGUCCUCAAGUUCAUUCCUGUUUCAGUCAGGAAACAAGAAGUUUCCCGGGAUCACGAGGAUGUCUACGAACCUCUCCUCCGUGGCCCUGACCUUGCAUGAAAGAUCGAAACUGCUUGUUCGUGAAAGAUUUUUGUGCAGAACUAUGGAGGAAUCUCUUCAGUUUUUUUGUUGUAUGUUUGCGCAACAUUUUUUCGACACCAUUUCUCGUCAUUUUUGGUUGUACAUUUCAGUGUUCAUUGAGGUCAGCUAGAAA